CUCAAAGGCGGUCCGACAUCCCCUCCACUUUGGAACCUCACUCCAUCACCGUCGACGGCAACGUCAACGAAACACACCUCUUGGCACCUCGGACUUUGUCCUAAUAAGCCCAGCUAGUCGUUACAGUUUCCUUCGUCAAUUUUGACAUUUAGUCAGCCUUGAACAAUAUCGCUAUACGCUUCCACCGAGUAUUCGUUCUCUAUCGCGCCAAGCCCGGCCACAGACGACCCUUGAUUUCAACUACCAUCACGACACAUGCGAUCCGGCGACGCGUAAUUCCGUGCUUUACAACGCGUUCGGUCUCCUGAUCACCUACAAUUCAAUUUUGAUGGAUUUUUGAUGAUCUAUUUGGCCCGAGUUUAAUCAUGGCAGCAGCUCGGAAAUAUGCUGCUCUACCAGACUUGGAUCAAGCGCCCGACGUCUACGAAACUCCAGAUUUGGCUGAUGAUGUCUCCACUAUACCCGCAACGUCAGCCCGCUCACCUUCUGUGGGGUCUGAUGGCGGGAGAGCAGCUGAUGAAGACGAUGACGAGUCUGGAGUUGUGAGAACGAAAGUAGAUAGAGACCGUGCAUUUUCACGAUUCCAGGAUUCAAAGGUCAAUGCUCGCAAAGCGGACUUCUCAGACAGAUUGAACAGCUCCCGGCAAUACUACAAGACGUCGUCUCGACGACGAAGGAGAAAGGCAUACACAAAUGGACAUGAUGGAGAAUAUGACGAACUGAGCGACGACGAAGAAGAAGAAACACUUGACCACAAGCUAGCUCGCCUAAAACGUGAGAUCGAAGAAGCGCGGAUCGAGCUAGCAGAAAAGGAUGAAGAUCGAGAACUCUUUUCGGAUGCUCCCGAAAACAGAAUUGACGACGAUAUGGAGGAGCACACUCUUGACAGCAUCAGCAAGCUUAGUGAGGCUUUGGAUGCAAUUUACACGUCUCGGAACGGCUUUGGAAAAGGACCCGCGGGAGACUUGAUACGGACAAUAUCCAAGCUUGGUGCCUCUGAGGUUCCAGCACGGUCAACCCAAACACAAGCUGGUCCCAUCGCUCCCCCAACGGCGUCUUCGCUUGAACAACAGGCGCAACUAGCGCAGGCUUUCGCAAAGGUUGCUGAAUUCGAUACCCGACUUUCCUUCCUCGAGCAUGCGCUUGGACUGAGUGGGGAGAGUAUGUCAAGCUCAUCCAGCGAUUUACAAAAGCCCAUCUUGCAAACCCUUGCUACACUCGACCGUCAAAUACAGACUCUGACGAAUUCGUCGGCCUCAGUUGACGCGGCGUCGAGCAAGACCCGCAAGCUGAUUGAGCAGACGGAGCACCUUCUGAAGGCUAAGUCAGAAUAUGAUGCGAUCAACCAUCCUACGACCGACGAUGCGGAGAAUGUGUCGAAGAUCAACGCAUUACAUGGCACAUUGGCCACAAUCGACUCGCUCGCACCAACCUUGCCUUUGGUUCUCGACCGCAUGCGAACAUUGCGUUUACUGCACGCAAAUGCAGCCGAGGCUGGUAGCAUACUCGACGGUAUAGAAAAGCGGCAGGCAGAACAAGCAAGCGAGAUCAAACAGUGGCGAGAGGCUCUUGAUCAGGUGGAGAAGAAGGUUAAGAGCGGUGAGAGUGAGCUUGCGGAGAACAUCAAGGGUGUCGAAAGCUGGGUAAAGGAGUUGGAGGCGAGGAUGUCAAAAUUGUCCUAGGCCCAAGGAGUUACUCUUCAGCAAAACACAUUUGGACGAAGUACUGAACAACGACACCGCAUGGCGAAGGGAGUUUUGCCGCACCAAAGUGGAUUGCUAGAUACCCAUCCAAAAUUUUGAGGAGUUUGUAGCUUUGAGCUUGCUUUCCUCUUUUAAAUUUAUUCUAAGAAGAAGAAAUCAUUGCUCAUUACAUGCACACGCUUUCUAAGCAAAAUGUCAAGUUUCAAG